AUGACGAGCCGGCCUGUUGUUUCCAUCAUCUCCGCCGAUGGCUCCGCCAGCGAGGCCACGCACCCUCUCCCCGAGGUCUUCAAGGCCCCGAUCCGCCCGGACAUUGUCCAGACGGUUCACACUGGCAUGGCCAAGAACAAGAGGCAGCCGUACGCUGUGAGCGAGAAGGCCGGUCACCAGACCUCUGCCGAGUCCUGGGGUACCGGUCGCGCUGUCGCCCGUAUCCCCCGUGUCUCUGGUGGCGGUACCCACCGUGCCGGUCAGGCUGCCUUCGGUAACAUGUGCCGCUCUGGCCGCAUGUUCGCUCCCACCAAGGUCUGGAGGAAGUGGCACCAGAAGAUCAACGUCAACCAGAAGCGCUUCGCUACCGCUUCCGCCCUGGCUGCUUCUUCCAACGCUGCUCUGCUGAUGGCCCGUGGUCACCACGUCUCCACCGUCCCCGAGGUUCCCCUCGUCGUCUCCUCGACCGCCUUCGCGGACGCCGCCAUCGCCAAGACCUCUGCCGCCAUUGCGCUGCUGAAGGCCGUUGGUGCCGGCCCCGACCUCGAGAAGGUCAAGGGCUCCCGCAAGCUCCGCGCCGGUAAGGGUAAGCUCCGUGGCCGCCGCCACCGCCAGCGCCGCGGUCCUCUCGUCGUCUACGACCCCGAGAGCGACGGCAAGGACCUCGUCCGUGCCUUCCGCAACAUCCCCGGCGUCGAGUCUUCCUCCGUCUACGCCCUGAACCUGCUUCAGCUCGCCCCCGGUGGUCACCUCGGCCGCUUCAUCGUCUGGACCUCGUCCGCCUUCCAGGCCCUGGACAAGAUCUACGGCACCACGACCGAGGCGUCUGCGCUGAAGAAGGACUUCCUCCUGCCCAGCGCCGUCGUCAAGCAGGCCGACAUCUCCAAGCUGAUCAACUCGUCGGAAAUCCAGUCGGUGCUGCGCCCCACCAAGGGCGGUGCCAUCACCAAGCGCACGGUUGUGCAGAAGAAGAACCCGCUCAACAACAAGCAGGUCCUGCUCCGCCUCAACCCCUACGCCAAGCAGUUUGCGGCCGACAAGCUGGGCCAGUCCAAGGUCGAGCAGCCCAAGGCGCCCAAGCCCGCCCAGGAGUUCACCUCCACCUUCCACGAGAACUAAGCGCAGUGCGCGCGCGCUCUGUGUGGUGGGUUUUUUGAAUGGGAAAAAUGUGCGGUUCGGGACCUUUGCUGUUGUUUUUGAUUCCAUGAUCAUCUUGAUUAAUGGGGGGCCUCCUCUGGGGGGUUUUCCGUGGCUAGCUGAAAGUAGUUCGAAAAAUGGAUGGACUACCGGCUCUCUGUCUAGCUUGCUUGUUUGCAUACGUGUUGUGUGUUGUGUGACUGUUUUGAGUGCAGUGUUUCGAACCGCGUGGCUGGAAUGCAGACGCCUUGUCAGUCUGUCUGUCAGCGCCUUGGCUCUCUGGUCCUGGUCCUACCUUCCUAGAUAACGACCUAGGCGCGGCUUACAUAGUACGUACAUACGGAGG